UCGCACCAAGCUGGCGGGUAAUCCCCGUGUCGGUGUGAUGUGCUAGCUCGGAAGUGUUUUCUGCCGCUGUCAUGGUUCGUUCGCUAAACUGCAUCAUCGCUGUGUCCCAGAACAUGGGCAUCGGCAAGAAUGGGGACCUGCCCUGGCCCCCGCUCAGGAAUGAAUACAGGUAUUUCCAAAGAAUAACCACAACCUCUUCAGUAGAAGGUAAACAGAAUUUGGUGAUUAUGGGUAGGAAGACCUGGUUCUCCUUUCCAGAGAAGAAUCGACCUUUAAAGAACAGAAUUAAUAUAGUUCUCAGUAGAGAACUCAAGGAACCUCCACAGGGAGUGCAUUUUCUUGCCAAAAGUCUGGAUGAUGCCUUAAAACUCACUGAGCAACCAGAAUUAACAAAUAAAGUGGACAUGGUUUGGAUAGUGGGAGGCAGUUCUGUUUACAAGGAAGCCAGGAGCAAGCCAGGCCAUCUUAGUCUAUUUGUGACAAGGAUCAUGCAGGAAUUUGAAGGUGACACAAUUUUUCCAGAAAUUGAUUUGGAAAAAUAUAAAUUCCUCCCAGAAUAUCCAGGGGUUCCUUCUGAUGUCCAGGAGGAGAAAGGCAUUAAGCACAAAUUUGAAGUAUAUGAAAAGAACAAUUAAUGUGAAAACGUUUUCUGAUCUAUUUCAAGCCUCCUUCUCCCCCCCCAAAAAAAUUACCUAUUUUGUUUUUGUUUUUGUUUUUUUUUUUGGUGGUACGCGGGCCCCCCACUCUUGUAGCCUCUCCCACUGCGGAGCACAGGCUCCGGACGCGCAGGCUCAGCGGCCAUGGCUCACGGCCCAGCCGCUCCGCGGCAUGUGGGAUCCUCUCGGACCGGGGCACGAACCCGUGUCCCCUGCAUCGGCAGGCGGACUCUCAACCACUGCGCCACCAGGGAAGCCCAAAAUUACCUAUUUUUUCUUGUAGAGACUUUUGUUGACUUUAGAUCUGUGUAUAAUUAUUUCUAAACAAAGUACUCUUAUUCCGCAUCAAUCUUAACUAGACUGUGUCAGAUACCAUUUGUGAAGCAUUUCUUGCUGUAACUGCCUGAAUGCCCAUCAAGGGUCAAGAAUAGUUUACCAGCACCUGCCUAGGAUAGAAUAUCUACCAAGACAGCCCAAAGUGGGAAAGUCCCCUGGUAGCAUGAGUUGAAACCAAAGCCUGUAGAGCUAGCUAGGAGCUAGGCAGUUGGAUCCACAGGUCAGAAAUGGAUUAUAAACAGAAGAGCUAGCAUUCAGUUAUUAAAGUUAGAUCAAAAGAGGGACUGUGAAUUACCUUAUAUCACACUUCUGGAAAAAAUUUUGUUCACUUAGACUGGGAGUGAAUAAGUUGAAAACUCCAGGAUAUUCCACAGGGAUAGUAAAGUGGCAGGUAUGAGACUACCUUUUCGGUGGUUAAAGGAGGUGGUCUGAGACCUUAAAAAACUUUGUUUCUGAUCUUCAGUGAGAUCCCAUGGGAUGUUACAAUGACAAAAAAAGAAUUGGCUGCUCUUUACAAAAAAGAAUAAUCUAAUAUCAAGCAUGAUGGCUAAAAUUAAAAAUUCAAAGAGGUAAUAAAUUGAGAAUGAAUAUGCUAGAAACCAAAAUUAGUAAGCUAGAAACUAAACUUUACAAAAUUAAAAAAUGAAAAUUAAAACAUUUUACCCAUAACGUUAGCAAAGAUUUAGAUUAAGUAUCCCCCCCCCAAAAAAUAGCAUUUUCUGCCUUAUAAAUUGGUACAACUUUUGAGAGUGUAAGUUAGCAGUAUCAAUUAAAAUUCAAAAUAUUCUGGGUUUGGACCCAGAACUUCCACUUCUAGAAAUUAAUCCUGAGCAAAGAAAUGGACCCAAGAGUAUUUGUUGCAACUUUUUUUUUUUCAAACUUGAAAACAGCCCAAAUGUUGAUUAAUAAGAAAUAACUAACCAAUAUGUCUAUAAAAUGUAACAUCUGCAGCAGUUAGAAAGAAUGAAGUACUGACAGAAAAAUGCCAAAAAUUACUAAGUAAAAGAAGCAAAUUGUUUAUAAUACUCAAAAUUUUUAAUAAAUGUUCAUGUGUGGGAAAAAGCAAAAAAAAGACAUAAAAAUAUUACUAGGAAAAAAUAUAAAAGAGAGCAACAAAUUUGUCAACAGAUGAAGAGCACUUAUUAUAAAGUAUAAUAAUGGAGAACAUAUAUGAAAGUUGUGACCUGACAUUUUAUUAUGCCUUUAAAAUUUUGAUAUGAUGGUUUCUAACACAGUAUUGAAGGAGAAUAGCAAAGUUGAGGGCCUGAUAUUACCCAACUUCAAAAUCUACUAUAAAGCUAUAGUAAUCAAGGCAGCGUGGGAUUGGCAAAAAAAGAAA